AUGGAGCCUCAAGUCCGUGACUUUCCCGACCGGGAAAAACAACCCAAACCCCUUCCGGAUGGGUCGACCACGGAGGAAGGAGACGUCACCAGGGAGCCAACACCAAGAGUGACCCUCGAAAGGAUCCCGACAUACCUGCAGCCGCCAAUAUCGCUGCGGGAACGACUUCGCCAUUUCACAUUUGCAUGGUACACUGUCACCAUGUCCACCGGUGGUAUCGCCCUAACCUUGGGCUUGACACCACAUCGGUUCCGUGGCCUCGACACGAUCGGCCUGGUCGUGUUCCUUUUCGAUUUGCUCUGUUUCAUCCUCAUCACCGCAUGCCUGCUCCUGCGCUUCGUCUUGUACAAGCACACCUUCUCCAAGACUCUGACCCACCCCAAGGAGGCCCUCUUCGUCUCGACCUUCUUCCUUUCCAUCGCAGCACUCCUGUCCAACGCGGAGAAGUACGGGAGCCUGUUCCUCUCCCCGGCGGCUCAAGGCGGGCUCGCCGUGUUCCACCGCAUAACAUACUGGCUCUACCUCGCCGUCACCUUCCUCGUCUCAGUGAUCCAGUACCACCUCCUCUUCACCGUCAAGGAGCAGCGCCGUCUCCAAGCCCACGCCAUGACGCCAGCCUGGAUACUACCGAUAUUUCCCGUAAUGCUUGCUGGCACAAUCGCCGCCUUUGACUCGCGCACGCAGACGCCCUCCCACGCGCUGGCCAUGGUCACUUCGGGCCUCGCGGCACAGGGCCUGGGCUUCAUGGUCUCCAUCUUCAUGUAUGCCACGUAUCUGAGCAGGCUGAUGGUCUAUGGUCUUCCCGCCCAGCGGCCGGGGAUGUUCAUCGCGGUCGGGCCGCCGAGUUUCACCUGUGCGGCGCUGGUGUCCAUAGCGGACGACGUGCCCAGGAUAUUUGCUGCUCAGGUGCCCGUCGUCAAGGGCAUGGCCAGCCCUUCAGUGCUAGCCGACGGUGUCAGGCUGGCUUCGCUGUACUGCUCGCUGUUCUUGUGGGGGCUGAGCUUCUGGUUUUUCACGUCUGCGCUCUUGGCCGUCGUUGCGGGCAUGCCUGACAGGAAGUUCCACCUCAGCUGGUGGAGCUUUGUGUUCCCGAACGCCGGCUUCACAAUCUCGACGAUCCGGGUGGCCGGGGCGGUGGGAAGUGAGGGGCUAUUGUGGUUCAGCACCGUCAUGACCAUCGUCCUGGUCCUGGUCUGGUUGUUCAUCGCGUGGAGGUGUGCCUAUGCGGUAGUGCAGCGGGAGAUCGUUUGGCCUGGUCAUGAUGAAGACUCAGACUAA